AUGGCUAUCAUUCUUGAUUUAUCUAGCCCUCUCACUUCCAAGAUUGUCGUAGAUGACAAAGCCCUCCUGGUGGAAUAUGAAGGAUUACGCACAAUAUGCUUCCACUGUGGUAGAUACGGCCACCUUGCUGAAUCUUGCCCAGUCAAGAACCCACAAGUUGCUACCUCUAUGAUGAAUGCUCUUGAAGCAAAACCAGACGCGGUGGCGUGUCCUACCACCGCCGAUGAAGUUCAUGACGCAAACCCCUAUGGUGAUUGGAUGCCGGCACCUUUAUUAAAAAGGCAUUUUUUCAAAGAUGCAAAAAAGGUGUCAGAGCACAGUUACCUUAACCAUGCCACUAAGGGCUCUAGGUUUGUCCUUCUCCACCAUCAAGACGCCCAACCGGAUAGCCAACCUGACACCCCUCGGGAAAAUGACAACUUGGCUCACAGCAAUCCUAUCAUCGAGACACCGAACCAUCAGUCCAGCCUAGCCAAAACAAUGAAACCUGCAAAAAAUGCCAUAAAAAAGCCACCUCCUCCGCCGAAAACCCAGAAAAAGACUACCCCUGGCCCUUCCCCUGACUCCCUCUUCGCCUUAAAAGCCUACAAAGCCUCCACUUCGACCUCUUCCUUAGACUCCUCUAAGCACUCAGUAGUCAUCCUACCUAACCCUAAAGCACCACUAAAGCCCACCAAUAACCAAUAG